CGGCAGUUCCUUCCACUGGAAAGCAGGGAGUUGGCCUGAACAGUUCAUCACGUACAGAUCAGUUAACAAGUGGUCUUGGAAACGCCACACUGGCACUUAAACCGGUCUUCCCAGCACGGUGGCUUAAAAGGAAACCUGCAUUUGCUGAUCCUGAAGACAGGUCAUAUGUGGCUCCGAGCAGGGUUUUGGGAGCAGGCAGCAGUACUGGGCUCAUGGUGAGGACAGCAGCAAGGGGAACUGGAAGCUCUCUCUGCUCUUCUCUUAUCAGGCCAGCCCCAGCGUGUCCCUGGCUCUUAUCAGCCCUGGCAGAGCCGGUUUCUGAUGCGUUGCGCCUCUAAAGCCCCGCCACAGGGAGCUGCAGGGCCUGGCCCCGUUGCCUCCUGCUUGCACUUAAAGGGGCUGAGAAGCACCUUGUGACAUAUGGGGACAAGGCAGGGCAGUGGUGACAGACCGUGAAGGGAGACGAUGUUCGACCUCAUCAUCCUCACCGUUCAUUUCUUCAUCUGCUUUCUCAUCUCCAUUGCAAUCUGGUAUGGACCAAAGGAUGUGGAUUCACACAGCUCAAGCACAGGAGGAGCUGAAAUGGAGCCACAUGGUCUUAUAUUCAUUGGCAAAGAAGAGGACAUAAAGAAAUCUCAAAGAAUCACAGCCAAAAUCGAUGGCAGAGAAAUUGUUGUUUUCUACCAUGAGGGGAAAUUUCAUGCUCUGGAUUCUCGCUGCUACCAUGAAGGAGGCCCUUUAUGUCAUGGAGAAAUAGAGGAUAUCGAUGGACAAGCAUGUAUUGUUUGUCCUUGGCAUAAGUUUAAAAUUACCUUGGAAACAGGAGAAGGAUUGUAUGAAGGAAUAAAUCCUCAGGAGCCAUCACCAACACCAAAGUGGCAGUCAAAAGGAGUCAAACAAAGGAUUCAUAAGGUCACAAUACACAAUGGAAAUGUUUAUGUGAAUCCUCCAGAUUUGUCUGUGAGUUUUGACUCUGAUUAUUUUGCUGAAAAGUACAAAAUUGGUGGUGAAUCAGCUAUCGGAAAACCAAGCCGCUUAGAAGCCAUGGAGUAGGUCAUGGCCAGACAGCAGAAUCCUGGGGAAUGAACAAAUGAAGAAUCUUUGUUGGGAAACAGAAAUGUACUGUGCCAUGAAGAUUGUCUCCAAAUUAAAUUCUAAUAUUUUUAUGUUAAAGCACUGAAAAACAGAAAUUAUAAAGGCAAGAUGCCCUGCAUUGUCAGAAAUAAGACUGAUUUUGUGCUGAGGAUUUUUUUUUUUUGCACUUGCAUUUCAUAAAAACUUAAUUACAGCAGAGUGCCUCAUAAUAUUUGAUAUUUUGCUAGAACUAUUUUAAUUUUAAGAGGGAAUAUAAUAUACUACGGCUUAUAAAACUUGCUACACAAUUAAAAGUAGAUAUGUGUAAAGGUUAUCUUUAUAUACUUAACAGUUUAUACUUCUAAUGCCUGUGGUAAAAAUGACAUGGAAAUUUUUACUUUUUGAAAUAUUUGUGUGAUCUCUAGUCAUUUAUUAAAUGCCACAAAGGGAAGCACAGAACUUCAGAAUAUUUUGGGGCAGUCUUUUAUGCCUAUUUGUGCAUUACUACAUUGAGUAUAUAGAGGUGUUUCUUUCCUUCUUCUCACUGAAUUCCUCUUGUUAGUUCAUUGAAAAAUGCAGCAAGGAUUUAUUACGUAUGGCUUGUUUUUCCUGGUUCUGUUGGUUAAAGAGGGAGCUGUUUGGUGUGGUAUGUGAACUAGUGGCCCUUGUUUGCCUGUUUUUCUUUAUUGUAACCACAGUUUUCUACUUUCAUUUGAAAAAAAAAAAAAAAAAAAAAAGAAAAAGU